AUGAAUGAGUUAAUGGCGGAAGACGCGCAUGGCAGGACUUCCCACCACUGUUCUGUAGUACCCGUUUUAUUCUAGCUCCUCAAGAUACGAAUUUCCAGAACGUCUCGAGCCUCUUCGGCCACCAUCCAAAUCUGAAUUUAGGAGCUGGCAAAUAAUUCUUGGAUCUCAACUGAAACGUGAAAAUAUCGAGCUUCCGGUCUAACCCUCCCGUGAUUGGAACUCAAAUAUUGAAUGUGACUUAUUGUAGCGUGAACGAUAGAAAAGGUUUAGGUCAGUGCAGUGUGUAUUGUGGCCACAUCGCCGUAAACGCGGGUCGUGAUUUGCUGUAACUUGGUGGACACUCCCUACCCGUAAAACAAUCAACGUUGUCAUUCGGAGCAAUGGCAGCAGCUGUUAUCAGGUCUGCUUUCAGUAAAAGCCAGGGACUGUGGUUGCCAGGUUUGAGCGCGGUGAGAGCGAUGUCUGCACAGGCGGGCCCCACGCCCCCUUUCUCCACCCUGUCAGUGAGCCGCCCGACCGAGGCGGUCACCCACGUGGAGCUUCACCGUCCAGAGAAGCGCAAUGCCAUGAACCGAGCCUUCUGGAGUGAGAUGGUGGACUGCUUCUCCCAGAUUGCUCUGGAUUCAGAGUGUCGGGUUGUUAUAGUUUCAGGGGCUGGCAAGAUCUUCACUGCAGGGAUUGACCUGAUGGACAUGGCGGGUGACCUGCUGCAGCCGGAGGGAGACGAUGUGGCCAGGAUAGCCUGGAACGCGCGCCGCCUUGUCGCCAAGUACCAGGAGACCUUUUCAGUCAUCGAGAAGUGUCCAAAGCCUGUGGUGGUAGCAGUGCAUGGAGCAUGCGUGGGAGGAGGAGUGGAUCUGAUCACAGCCUGUGACAUACGGCUCUGUACGCAGGAUGCCUGGUUCCAGGUGAAGGAAGUGGACAUUGGCCUAGCAGCAGAUGUUGGGACUCUCCAGCGGCUCCCCAAAGUAAUUGGAAGCCGCAGUCUGGUGAACGAACUGGCACUCACAGCCAGGAAGAUGUACUCAGAUGAAGCCAAGAGCUCUGGAUUGGUCAGUCGAGUGUUUCCAGACAAGGAGGCCAUGAUAGCGGGAGCCCUGGAGCUGGCUGGGGAGAUCGCUGCUCGCAGUCCAGUCGCUGUGCAGGGAACCAAAAUCAACCUCAUCUACUCCAGAGACCACAGUGUGGCAGAGGGCCUGGACUACAUGGCCACGUGGAACAUGAGCAUGCUGCAGACCCAGGACUUGAUGAAGUCCGCCCAGGCAGCCCUGGAGAAGAAGAGCCCAAAAGACGUUCCUUUCUCUAAGCUCUGAGAGAGACCUGCCUUUCUCUAAGCUCUGAGAGAGACCUGCCUUUCUCUAAGCUCUGAGAGAGACCUGCCUUUCUCUAAUCUAAACUCUGAGCAAGACCUGCCUUUCUCUAAUCUAUCGUCUGAGAGAGACCUGCCUUUCUCUAAGCUCUGAGAGACCUGCCUUUCUCUAAUCUAUCCUCUGAGAGAGACCUGCCUUUCUCUAAGCUCUAAGAGAGAUCUGCUUUUCUCUAAACUCUGAGAGAGACCUGCCUUUCUCUAAACUCUGAGAGAGACUGGGGGGAGACAUGAUAGAGAAAACCAGGCACAUUAUCUUGUGAUUAAACAUUCAUUGAAUGCUUUCUAUAGGUUGUAUGUGCGUGCGCGUUGCAUCUCCUCUGUCCUUGGAAUCUCCUCUCUUGAAUCAAGGUGGUCAUUGCACCUGCAACCUACUGCCUGUAACUCUGAAGUGACCUUGAGGGAAGCAUGCACUACACUGUAACAGAAGAACUGAAAGCAAUAGGGUCCUUUCUGUCAAAACCAGAAUGGAACACAUUCUGGUUUUCAGUGGCCAGGCUGCACCGUGGUAACAGCACAGUGGUUUAUCCCAUUGUACACUUAUACAAUUAUGAAACUG